GGGAGCUCAGGGGUUAAGCCCCGCCGGGGGCGGAGGCAGCCCGGCUGGGUUUCCAAUGGGACCGGCCAGGCGUCGGGGAAGAGAGUGGCCGUCACCUCCGAACCGGCCAGCAGCGGGAUGUGGCAGGAGCCGCUGGGCUCGGGGCACCUCAACGACCUUCCCGAGCAUUCUCCGCAGGUGCGCAGCGCCGUGGCCGAGCUGCGGCAGCGGGCGGAGGCUGAGCACGGCCAGCACUGGUCGCAGCCCCUCACCGACACCUUCCUGGUGAGGUUCCUACGCGCCCGAAACUUCGACCUCGACCUAGCCUGGAGGUUAAUGAAGAAUUACCAGAAGUGGAGAAUUGAAUGCCCAGAAAUAAGUGCAGAUUUACAACCAUCUUCUAUUCUUGGUCUUUUGAAUGCUGGUUAUCUUGGAGUCCUGAGAUCAAGGGACCCACAUGGAAGCAAGGUUCUAAUAUACAGAAUUGGACAUUGGGAUCCCAAGUUAUUUACAGCUUAUGAUGUGUUUCGUGUCAGUCUUAUCACAUCUGAACUUAUUGUAAAGGAGAUUGAGUCUCAGCGGAAUGGAGUCAAGGUGAUCUUUGAUCUGCAAGGCUGGAGAUUUGCUCAUGCAUUUCAAAUCAGCCCAGCAGUGGCCAAGAAAAUUGCUGCUGUGCUCACAGAUUCCUUUCCACUAAAAGUUCGUGGUAUCCACUUGAUUAAUGAGCCUUUACUCUUCCACCCAGUCUUCGCUCUAAUUAAGCCUUUUCUCACUGAAAAAAUAAAAGAACGGGUGCAUAUGCACGGAAGCAACUACAGGCAGAGCCUCACGGAACACUUCCCAGUCAGCAUUCUCCCAAAGGAGUACGGAGGGGAAGAAGUCUCCAUUGAAGAGCUGGCCAAGGAGUGGACUGACUUUAUAAUGGCAUCUGCAGAUUAUCUUCAAAGCAUUUCUCUAGUUGCCCAGGAAUAAUCUUGCUACAAUAUCAUAUCAGGUUUUGAACACUGGAAAUGGAAAUAAGUUUAAUAUUGAAUCCUUCAUCUAAGCCUGAAAUUAUUGUAAUGGAAACAAGUAUGUCUUUGCAAGGCAGAGUAUUAUGUUGAGUGCAUUUUUAUACUAACUGGAGUCUAUCAGUAUGUCUGAAUAGACAAAUUAAUUCUACGUGUUUGCAAUACUGUUUGUAGUUGAUUAAUUUAUGCCAGAAAGCUGAAUAGUAUAUUUGUUAUCAGAGAUUGGUAACUGCUGCUCUUAGGCUUUUGGAGACAGCUCAUCUGUAAGAAUGCAGUCCAGAACCUUAUGCUUAGCUCUUGUAUCUUGGCUUGUCGAGAUGGUAAGGUACAAAAAAAGAACAGACUGUGAACGGGUUGGACUAGCUUGUUACUAGAGUAUGAGGACAGGGGUAAUUUAUGACAGUGAAUACAGCCUGCUUUUUGGAUUGAUUCUCAGGGAAAUUAGCUGUUUUGUUAGUUUGUGUCAAAGUGAAAAUAAGCCAGCAAUAGUGAGACAUUUGUGUUACUCUCCCUGCUGCUGCUGGUGCAGCUUCCCUUUUUGUGCUAAUUAAUACAGUAAUCAUCCAGUUUUGUUGAGGAAGAUAGGGAAAACACCAUGUACCUAUUAUUCAAAGGACAUUAUCAGGAGCUGGAACUCAUAAGAGAAUCAAAACAACCUUGAAAAUUCUGAUUUUCUUCCUCCAAAGAGAUGCUAUCUAUGGACAAGCUAUAAACAACUUGGAUUACGAUCACCUUUAAUUCUUACUGCAGAGCACUACAGAGAUUAAGAGUUCUAAGUCGUUAAGUAUAUUUUUGUUUUAGAGAGUGAAGUAGGUUAUCCUUCAUGUAUCUGAACUUUAGAAGUAUUUGUUGUGUUGUUUAAGUGUGCUUGUAGGUUUCUCUGGGUCUCAGUGUAGGAAAUGUUUGGUUUCAUUUUAUUUUCAGAAAAACUAUUGGCAGCUCAUCAUCCUAUGUCUUCUGUUGGGCACUGGAAGAAAUUAUUUUUAAUUUUCAUUGAUACCUCUUCUUUACAUCUGGAGGAGAAAUGAAAACAAUAAAAUUGCCUACACCUACACAGGAAAAAAUAUAUUUUUCUUAAGAGAUGUGAUUCAGAUGUGAACAGUGGACAUGUGAAAGCUCUCACUCACAUUCCAUAGCAGUAUCAUCCCACAAUUCUGAGUGUUUAAUGAUAUUUUACUUUUCAUUCAGCCUUUUGUUAAAAGCUCUGUUAGUAUACCAGCUGCUAGAGUUUAUUUACACAGUUUUAAAAUCUACUUUGUAGUAAGCCAACGGGUCUUUGCAUAAGCUUUGUAUAUUUGAACAUUCCAUAUGAAUCUUUCUAUGAAUGAAUCCAUAAAAAAAAAAUACUUUGUUUCUCAGGUAGCUAGCUUCAGUUACUUCGGAACCUUAGGACAUUGGGAAGUUAUUUUAACAUAUGCUUAGGAGGGGGAAGUGAGACUGUCUUGUUAAAUCAGAAGUGUCUUAUUUUCAUUUACAUUAAUACUGCAUUAUUACAAAAGCUAUUGGAAGCUAUUCUUUAUUACCAGGAGAUGAAAGGCCCAUAGAGUACUUGUUGGUUUUAGUUUCUACUGCUGUGGUGAGGCCAAUGCCAGAUGCAAAAUUAUUUGAAAACUUUGCUUUUUUAAAUUUAUUUAUUUUAUUUUUUUGUCUUCCAGUUCCCCUAGUUCCUCCAUUGCAUUUUUCAUUCUUCUCUUUCAGUAUAUCUCUCAUGUGGAUCCUAAAUUUAAAGAAAACUUUUUCAGACACAUUUUAAUAUAUGAAUGUAUUUCCUAGAUACUUUUUCUUAGAUUGAACUAUUUAACUAUUUUAUCAUAUAAAAGCUUCUUCAGUGGAGGAGUUCAGCGAAUUGUUAGUUCUUUAUAAGAAAAUUAACUGAGUAGUCAGGCAUCUGGCAAUUCUUCAAGUGUGUAACACAAAUUCCAGUAAUUUAUGAACUGGAGAACUGAAGCUAUUGUCUUAAUUUUAUGCUCCUUUUUAAUCCUUGAAUGUAAACCAGGUACAGGAAUGAACUGUAUUUCAGGGAACAGCAAAAUUCAGACUUCUCACAUGGAACCAAGCGCUGAUCAUGGCUCUUUUAUGUAGCAGGGACUUCAUUGGAUUGCAUAUGUAGAUGCAUGUGGGCAAAAUUUAGCUUUUUUUUUUUCUAAUCUUCAUCUUGACAAUACCAGCUCUGUGACAUCCUAAAUGUCUUCAGAAAUACCCUCUAUCUGUUAUUGAAUGGUAACGUGUUUCCAUAACCCAAGUUAAAGCACUUUAAAAAAAAAACAAAAAAAAAACCUUGUUAAUUAUUUGUUGAUGUUUACAUGUUAUAUAGAAAGUAGGAACUUAAUGUAAGGGACCAUUGCAGUUCCUGCUAAUAAAGACACAAGGUGAUUGGGACAUUUGCAUAACUAAUGAAGAGGCAUCGGUAGAACUGGGUGCUGGUGCUUACAGCGGCUCUGAGCUGCGGCCAGCAAAAAGGUGAAGGUUUUUAAGUGCGUUAUU